UAAGCCCCAGGAAAAGCUAGGGAUGAGCACCUCCCUGAGCUACAAGUCUUUCUCCAAAGAGCAGCAAACUAUGGAUAACCUGGAGAAACAGCUGAUCUGCCCCAUCUGUUUGGAGAUGUUCACCAAGCCAGUGGUGAUCCUGCCCUGCCAGCACAACCUCUGUCGGAAGUGCGCCAGUGACAUCUUCCAGGCCUCCAACCCCUACCUGCCGACCAGGGGAGGUACAACUGUGGCAUCGGGAGGCCGCUUCCGCUGUCCCUCCUGCAGGCACGAGGUGGUCCUGGACCGACACGGUGUCUACGGGCUGCAGAGGAACCUGCUGGUGGAGAACAUCAUCGACAUCUACAAGCAGGAGUCCACAAGACCUGAAAGGAAGUGUGACCAGCCAAUGUGCGAAGAGCACGAAGAUGAGAGAAUUAAUAUUUAUUGUCUGAACUGUGAAAUGCCCACCUGCUCCUUGUGCAAAAUCUUUGGUGCUCACAAAGACUGCCAGGUUGCUCCUCUCACAAAUGUUUACCAGCAACAGAAGUCUGAGCUGAGUGAUGGCAUUGCAGUCCUGGUGGGGAGCAAUGACAGAAUGCAAGGGAUUGUCACACAGCUGGAGGAGACCUGCAAGACAGUUGAGGAAUGCUGCAGACGACAGAAAGAACAGUUGUGUGAAAAAUUUGAUUAUCUCUAUUCUGUACUGGAAGAAAGAAAAAAUGAGAUGACACAAAUAAUCACUAGAACCCAAGAGGAGAAACUGGAACACAUCCGCUCCCUGAUGAAGAAGUAUGCGGAUCACUUGGAAGCUGUGUCAAAACUGGUUGAAUCAGGAAUUCAGUUCAUGGAGGAACCAGAAAUGGCUGUGUUUUUGCAGAAUGCCAAAACAUUGCUACAAAAAAUUACUGAAGCUUCUAAAGGAUUUCAAAUGGAAAAAAUAGAGGAUGGGUAUGAAAAUAUGAACCAAUUCACAGUGAACCUCAGUAGAGAAGAAAAAAUAAUACGAGAAAUUGAUUUUGACAGAGAGGAGGAAGGAGAAGAAGAAGAGGAGGAGACAGAGGAUGGUGAAGGCUUGGGUGAAGUCCACACAGAGUCAUCAGGAGAGGAAGAAGAGGAGGAAGAGGUGGAAGAGGAAGGGUCAGAGGGAGCACCACAGCCACCUCAGCAGGACCCUGAAGCACAGAGUGCAGGGGGAGAGCCCGUGGCUGAGCCCACUCCAGCACCGGUGCUGGCUGCCCCAGCUGGUCAGGAUGUUGUUGUGACACCAAGUGAUUCUCAACAGACUCCCGAGUCUGACACUCAAGUGCCGGCCACAGCAGAAACCAUCGAUCCCUUGUUUUACCCUAGCUGGUAUAAGUCCCAAUCACGGCAACCAAGCAGUCCAAGCUCAACCCCGGUGAGUGGGCUGGGGAAAGUAGGGACUCCUGUUUCUCUGGAAACAAGUGCAAAGAAGGCAGAAGCCCCGACAGCAGCAACAAUCGAGGAGAGUGCACCAGGGAGUGGUAAGGAAAGUAAUGCCACUGCAGCGACGUCCAAGACUGGUUCUGAGCCAUACACUCAAGGACAAGUGGAGGAAGCUCCCAUGAGCAGUGAGAGGGCUGACGAGCCGGCUCGUCAUGUCUUCUCCUUCUCGUGGUUGAACUCACUGAAUGAAUGAUGACUCACUCUGGCUGGCUUCUGGUGUGCUUCUCCUCGGAAGGACCGUGAGCGCAGGCAGCCUGGCUGCAGUCAGCAAAGAAACUGGCCUGGGAAGGGGCAUCCGAGCAGGUUUCAUUCUGAGGAACUCAGCUGACCUCCACAUCAUACCCUUGAAUUGA